AUGUCACGAUUCGCCACCACCGCUAUACUCCUCUCUCUCCUCUCUGGAGCUCUUGCCCAAAGCUCUGCCACCUCUGCUGCCGCCGCUUCUGGCUCUGCAAGUAUCGCCGCUUCAGGUGCUACAUUAGUGACUACAGGUACAGAGGCAGCUGCUACUGUACUUAGUUUGACCGCUACAGGAACAGGUCCUCAAGGAUUCUCAAUUCCCGCUUUGAGCGAACUCACUUCCGGAGCACCAACAGAUACCACUGUCGCACUCGAUUCCACAUAUGCAGCAGGAUCAACCCCAACAGCCGUAUCUGGCGCACCAGCACUUCCUACUUCAGCGCUAACAAUUGCAAACUACCCCGCUCUCGAUCAAACUCCAUCCACCGACUCAACCGAAGUACAAGGAUGGUUGAGUAAGAUUGACAUGACCAAAGUUCCAUCUUACAAUGUCACUACCGGUGCAUGUGCCACAGAUCCCUCUGCUAUCACCGAUGGAAGAUGUUGGUGGACUUGUGGUGGAUGCACUCGAGAAACCGAUAUCACCGAAUGUCCCGAUAAGAUGACAUGGGGUCUUUCAUACGAUGAUGGACCUUCUCCUUUCACACCACUUUUACUUGAUUACCUGGAUGAGCAAAACAUCAAGUCAACAUUCUUCCUUGUCGGUUCAAGAGUUUUAUCCCGACCUGAAAUCGUUCAAUCACAAUACAUGUCAGGACACCAUCUCUCCGUACACACAUGGUCCCAUCCAGCUUUGACCACCCUCACCAACGAACAAAUCGUUGCCGAAUUAGGUUGGACUGCAAAGGUCAUUCACGAUGUUACCGGUGUUACUCCCAAUACUUUCCGACCUCCUUACGGUGAUAUCGAUGACAGAGUGAGAGCCAUCGCCGCUCAAAUGGGCAUGACUCCUAUCAUCUGGACUUCUUACAAAGAAAACAACCUCGACACCAACUUUGACACCAAUGAUUGGCACAUUUCCGGUGGUACAGCAACUGGUGCAUCUUCAUUCCAAACUUUCGACACCAUCUUAAAUGAAUACGUACCUAAACUCGACACUGGAUUUAUUGUAUUAGCACAUGAUUUAUAUCAACAAACAGUCGAUUUAGCAGUUGGAUACGUUUUACCUCAAGCUAUCGCAUCUGGUAAAUUCCAAUUGAAAUCCAUCAUUCAAUGUUUAGGUAAAUCAAAUUCAGAAGCAUAUGUUGAAACUUCUGCCAAUGCCACAACGACUCAAAUCACGUCUGUAGAUGGUGGAUCUACAUAUUUCCAAGCUACCGUUGGAACAGCCACUGGAUCAUUAGGUUCCAUCACAACUGGAGGAGCAUCAGCUAGUGGUUCAGGAGCAUCAGCUUCUGGAUCCGGAUCUGGAUCAGGUGGUUCAGCAGCCGCUUCUGGAUCAGCAUCUGCCUCAGGCUCAAGUGGAUCUUCAAGUGCAGCUGGACGAGUUGAACUAGGAAAGAUCGUACCUGCUUUCGUAGCUUUGGCUACUGUAGCUUUGGGUAUGAUGGUUGUUGCUUAG